AUGACUAACGAUACAACCGUUGAUCCUCUUGACUUCGCUUCAUCUCUUGAUGAUCGUAUUAUUCAAAAUGGUCAACUUGAAGGUCGUCAAUAUGGUUAUCAGCGUGGUUUUCGACAAGGUUUUUCUCGUGGUCUUGAUUAUGCUCUCGAAAACCAUCGUGAAAUAGCAAUCAUAGCUGCUCAUUGCGAACACUUACAACAAAAACUUCUUUCAACAAAUGAUUCUGAUCCUCGACAAAAACGUUUAUUAAAUGGUAUUAUUGAAUCAUGUCGUGAAUUUCGAACACUAUUACCAGAUAAACCACGAUAUGCUGAACUACUUGCAUCUAUACGAGCUCGACAUCAACAUUUAACUGGAACGAAUAAUAAUAAUAAUAAUAAUACAACAGAAACAUCAAAUUUAACGUUUUAG